AAGUGGUAACUUCAGUGUGGUUUUCAGCUGAGCUCAGGACACAAAACCUUAGCCAUGAAGGUAACGGCCAUCUUUCUACUCAGUGCCUUGGUCCUGCUGAGUUUAUCUGGUAACGGUAGGGCUGAAGUCUCAGGAACACAGGCCGUAUGCAACAGUAACGUGGAUGGAUGCACCAAGAUCCAUGACCCCAUCUGUGGGACCGAUGGAAUCACUUACUCUAAUGAAUGCGAGUUAUGUAUGGAAAAUAAGAGGCGCAAAAUUCCUGUCCUCAUUAAAAAGCGUGGGCCUUGCUGAGAACCGAGGUUCGGAAAUCCUGUAAGGUUACCACGAUGCCCAGCUGGCCUGAUUGUUGAAUAAAAUGCAUC